AUGGAUUAUAAUACCAAUAAUAAAAAAUUAAUUAUAAAUAUAUCGGAUUAUGAUCUUUCUUUAAAUAUACCACCCCUUGGUCCAAUUACAAACCAAAAUCUUCAAAAUAAAAAUAAAAAUCUUACUGAGCACUAUACCUCUAGUAAUUGUGGCAAAACUAAAUCUGAUAAAAAAUUAGUUUAUCAACUAAUAUUUAAGCAUGAAUUAAAUACACAUGGGAAUAAAAAUGAUAUUGAGUGUAAUGCCACCUACAAUAAUGCACAUGUAGAUGUCUCCGAAUCGAAUUUAAAAGUCUUCUAUAAUGAAGAUGAUGGUCAUAUAUCUCCAAUUUUGACUUUCUCCUUGGAUCAAUUAAGUUCUUCUGUUACUUCUAUGAUAGAUUUACUUAGAAAUAAAACAGGACUAAGAAAACAAAAGCAACAACAUCCCGGAUCUGCUAUCUCUAGAAUUAGCAACACUGCUACAAGGAGAGGAAGGAAAAAAAGAAAAAUCACAACUUUUGUUGGUAAUAUGGAUCCUAAUAACAUCAUACGUGCAGCAAAAUAUAAAGAUUUAUCUGUGAAUUCUUUGAUUAAAAUUAACGUAAAGCAACGCAAUAAUUGGACGCUGAUAAUAGAUAUAUAUUUAAGUUAUAGAGAAAAUGAUUUUAACGCUUUUACAAAAGAUACUCAAAAAAUUUUCAACACUUAUAUAUUUGAUACUGUUCAUCCUGUAACCGAUAUCACGUUUGCUGGUUCAAGAGAGUCGUUUGAGAUGAAAGUUAUUGAGUAUACAAAAAAUAUUACUAAAAAAAUAAAAAAAAUUAACGAGUCUAAUAUCGAUUUUAAUAAAAUCAAGCCGUUAGAACUAUAUCCUUUCCAAAAGGAGACGGUUUUGUGGAUGUUAAACAAGGAACUAUAUAGCACAUCAGUUAACGACGACAAGAUAGACAAGAAUGCAAUUUUGAGUUACUUAAAUAGGAACUUGUGUUUUGGUUAUGUGGACAUCCCUAAUAUUGGAUAUUGGAAUAAAUAUACAAAUUAUCUUUUAUCUUACGAUCAAGGAUUGGCUUUUUUUAAAGAAUACAAUGAAUCAUGUUCAACUAUUCACAAUUCAAACAAAGUCGAUGCUGAAGUACCACAUGGUGCACAAGGUUUGUUAUCUGAAGAAAUGGGGUUGGGUAAAACAAUUGAAAUAUUAUCCUUAAUUUUAUUGAAUAAGAGGAAUUCUCGGGUUACCGGCCCUAGUAAAAGUAAUUUACAUAAAGCUAAAACUACAUUAAUUGUGUGCCCUGAUAGUAUUUUGAAUCAAUGGAUUGAUGAAAUUGAGGACCAUAGUUAUAACAACACACUUUCCAUUUAUCACUAUCCAGGGUUUAAACAACUUUCUAGAACUUUUGAUAAGGAUAAACUAAGUGCAAACGAUAUUUCAUUAAAGUUACUGGAAUAUGAUAUAAUUAUUACUUCAUAUUCUGUUCUAUCUUCAGAGGUUCAUUAUACAAACUUUGCCACACAUAGAAACAGAAACGUGCAUAAUUAUAGCGACACUGUUAAAACAAAUGAUAAGAAAAGGCAUGAUAUAAAAUAUGACUAUUCAUCACCCUUAGCCCUAAUUAACUUUUGGAGAAUUGUAUUAGACGAAGUCCAAAUGUUGGGCAGAUCUUUAACUGGAAAUAUUAUUAGAUGUUGCAAUGAAAUAUCAAGAGUUCACACUUGGGGCAGUUCGGGCACUCCAGUAUCCACUAUAACAAAAGUUACGCAUAUCGGCAACAACGAUAGGGCUAACGCUGGGGCUGGCACCAUUGCCAAGGAUUUGGCAAUGAUUUUAUCUUAUUUGCAAUUUAACCCCUUUAUGGAUUCGCCCAACUUAAUUAAUAAAAUGCUUAAAUUGCAGUAUCCUAUAUGCGCCGAAUUGACCCAAUUUUUCAUUGAUAACGACUUAUGUAUCAGGCAUACUAAACUAAAUGUAUCUGAUCAAAUAAAUAUUCCGAAACAAUAUCAGUAUUUGAUACCAUUAGCUUUAGGACCAAUUGAACAAGACCAUUAUACAAGUUGUUGGACAAAGUUUUUAAACGAGGCUGGUUAUGACAAUAAUGGUAAUAGCACUCGUAGUAAUAGUAACGAUCAGAUGGUUGAUUUAAUGACUAUGAAUAAGUGGUUGUCUUUAUUACUUAAUGAGUGUCAGAUGGGAUUGAUUAAUCUAACCAAGAAAAAAACGUUACUUAAAACCAAGAGUGGCAUCAAUAUCAAAGAAGAUCAUGAUGAGUUACUAGAUAUGAAUUAUAUGGAUGAUAUUUUGGAUAUAAUGAAGGCAGCUGUUAGUAAAAAAAUACAAUCCUUGUUGAGAGCUAAUUUUUUAGUGCAAAUACAAAAGGGUAAAAUUAUGUUGGAGCUUGAAAAUAAGCCCGUUAUGGCAAUACAGAUUUUUAAAAAAAUACUUGAACAAAUUUUGAAACUUAAUAUUGCUGGUGGUAGUAGCAGUACUGCUACUACUACUACUACUACUACUACUACUACUACUACUACUACUACUACUACUACUACUACUACUAACAAUGACAAUAAUAAUAACAAUACGGAUCAAGAGCUUUUGGGGGAUUUUAAAGAACAGUUACACCAAUGCUACUUUUUCAUAGCUACAGCCUAUUACUAUCUGGGGAGUAAAAAACUUGAAGAAUUUAAUGAUGUAAACAAUAAAAACACUAGCGGUGAUUCUAUUUUUAAUGAUAAAGAUUUGAUGUCAAUUAUUUAUAAGUACCAAAAUUUUGAAAAAAUGUAUUACGAAAAGGCAGAGCUAAUAAGAAGAGAAAUUUUGAAGGAAAAAAUAGAUAAAGUUGUUGAAGAACAGAAAAAUAUCGAUGACCCCGCCUUUAUUACUAAAAAUAAUAAUAUUAUCUAUGAGUUACCAUUGACUCUAUUCCCUUCGCAGCAUAAAAAAGAUUUUUCAUCAAAUGUAACCACUUUUAAUAUUUUCAAAACAUUGUGUCUUAUCUACGAUGUUUUGGAUAAACAAGCUAUUAUGGUGAAUAAGUAUCUAAAAGAGGUUAAAGAUCUCUUAGCACAUCCAAUCAUAUUCAUUGAAAAUGAAAAUGAAAGUGCAAAUGAAAAUGAAAAUGAAAGUGCAAAUGAAAGUGCAAACACUGACGAUGAAAAGGCCAAAGAAUAUGAAAAUUCGUUGGAUAUGCAAGACAAGGUAUUUGCAUUGUUUGAUUGUGUGGAAAAGAUACUAGCCAAUAGAAUAAAUAUACUAUCUACUGAAAAUAAUGGUGUCACUUCACUAGCGAAUAGUAAAAAUAUGCUACGUGCAGACAUUAUCCAACAAAGAUCCAAAUUGCAUAGAGAAAUGCUAAAAACAUUGCCUUUAUUGGAAGGUGAAUCAUUGAAACAAACCUAUUUAAAACUACAAAACGUUAAAAUGAUAAAAAAAGUGACAUUAAAUACCACCACUACUGAUAAUAAUAUCGAUGAUAGUAAUAUUGCUACAGAAAGCGAUUUUGAGACUUACUUGUUUUCGUAUUCUAAGGAACUACCUGCACUAAUGCAAGAUGUACAAAAGUUGAAAAAUUAUAUCAAAUCCUUAAAUACCGUGUACAAUGCCAAGGUUGAAUAUUAUAAGCAUUUACAAAAAAUUUCAGAUAGUUUGGUGAGCAUUGUUGAAUUGGAUGAGAGGAUGCAAGCAAAAAUCAAAAUGAACGUCAAAAAAAGUGAUGAAAUAGUUAAAAAAAAUACAACUAAGAUUAAUAAUUUGAGAGCCAGGUGUAAAUAUUUAAACACAUUGCAAAAAAUAAAAACUGAAAUCACUGACAAUGGCAAAAAGUUUAAGUGUAGUAUAUGCUUUGGCUCUAUUAAACUUGGUGCUAUUUUAAAAUGUGGUCAUUUUUUCUGUCAAGAAUGUGCAGAGAGUUGGCUAAGACACCAUUCUACUUGUCCUAUGUGCAAACAAACGACAGUUUUAGAGGAAAUCUAUAAAUUUAAAUUUCAAGUUGAGGAAAAGUGUAACAAUAGCAUUGCAGAUAACUUAAAUGGACAGUCCCGUGAGUUACAUGAUAGGCCAAAUGCAGAAAAUACCCUAGACAAUAGCAAUGCGAAAUCUCAGGAUUUUUAUUUUGGUGGAUAUAUGAAAUUUAAAAAUUUACCUGAAAUAUUGAAUCUCAACAUAAAACAAAGAUUUGGAACAAAAUUAGAUGCUAUUGUUAAAAUGGUUACAUACCUAUUAUUAAAUUAUGAAAAUAACACUUGUACCGCUGAUGGAAAUAUACCACCACCGCAAAUUUUAAUUUAUUCGCAUAAUGUUACAUUUUUAGAUUGCUUAUCCCACAUUUUAAGUUUCAAUUCAAUUAAUCAUCGUAAUGUUUCUGCGGUCAGCAGCAAGGUAUUCAACAAGUUGGUAGAAUUGUUCAGAAAGGAUAGCACCAUAUCUUGUUUGUUGUUAGAUUCUAAAAGACAAGUGAGUGGGCUAACUUUAGUGAAUGCAACAAAUAUUUUUCUGGUUGAACCGAUUUUAAAUAGAAGCGAUGAAUUGCAGGCUAUCAAUAGGGUUUCUCGUUUUGGUCAAAAAUAUAAUACAUUUGUCUGGCAAUUCAUGAUCAAGGAGUCUGUUGAAGAAAGCAUUAUAAAAUACAAAUACAACUUAGAACAGCAGUAUUAUAAUGUAGAAACGUCACUGAAUGAUAAAAACACUAAGUUACCUGCGGUAUUAGAUAAUAGCAACAAUAAAAAAAAUAAAGGACUUUAUAGCAAUGGUAAAAGUAAAGCGGAUUCGCCAUUGUAUAUGGUUGAUAAAACACAUAUCUGGCAUUGUUUCUUUCAGAAAUGA